GUGGUGGGCUUUGUUUCCGCGGGGAAGACACUCCAACACGGACGGGGCAGGCGGCGCCAGCCACAACAGGGUUUAUGAUUAACAAAUACACGUCCAGGAGCCAGCUAAAGAGGAUGCCUCCAGUGUUUGGUGCCCCAGAGGUGGAGCACGCCCUGAACAGUUUCCUGGUUGCCAUUCAGAGGCUGAGGGAAGAGGCCACGCUGAAGCCACUGGACACUCAAGGCUUUUGUGGUAGCAGGGCUGCCAGAGCAGAGUGCAGGGACGCCCAGCUUUCUCCCGUGGACUUUGACAUUCAGACACAGAACUUUUCCAUGGCUCCUUAUCACAUCCGCAAAUACCAGGAGAGUGACCACCAACAGGUUGUGGCCUUGUUCUCCCAAGGCAUAAUUGAGCACAUCCCUACCACCUUCCGCUACGUCCUGAAACUGCCGAGAACCCUCGUGCUUUUGCUUGGGGGGCCCCUUGCCCUAUUCCUGGUCUCCGGCUCCUGGCUCCUGGCCCUUGGAGCCGACCUCACCCUCCUUGCUGCCUUGAGGUUCUUAGUCAAACACUGCUUUACCGAGUACGUGGUCACCUCUUUAAACACAGACAUGUCUGACAUCACCAAAUCCUACUUGAGUGAGCGUGGCUCCUGCUUCUGGGUGGCCGAGUCUGAGGGGCGGGUGGUGGGCACAGUGGGAGCUCUGCCGGUGGAGGAGCCCAGCCUACGGAAGGAGCGGCUGGAGCUGUUUCACCUAAGUGUGGCGUUGGAGCGCCGGGGUGAGGGGAUAGCGAAAGCCCUGGUCAGGACUGUCCUCCAGUUUGCGCGGGACCAAGGCUACAGCGAAGUUGUCCUCAGCACCAGCAUGAUGCAGCACUCCGCCCUGGCCCUCUACCAGCACAUGGGCUUCCAGAAGAUAGGCCAGUACUUCCAUAAGAAGACCUGGGCACUCAUGGCUGUCGCUGUGGUACAAUUCAGCUACCGGCUCCCCUCCACUCAGGUCUCUUAGGCAUCACGGCAAAGAGGGAGCCUGCGAUCUGUUUCCUUGUUGAUUAGAAAGGAGAGGUUGAGCGCUGUGGCAGUAACAAGCAAACCCUGAACUCUCGCUGUGACCGCAUGGGAAAAGCGCGUUGCUCCUUCACAUCGCAACUCAAUGGGGUGGCUGGGGGCUCUGCUCUCGUCAGCCUUGUGGGGUUGUUCCUGUUUCAUUUAUCUAGUGCUGAUAGGGGAGAGCCCGCUCACUGCAAAAGUUUUAAAGCUCCCUCACUAUAGAAAUUUUCAAAUAACCUGAAAUGUCUUGGGAAAGGCUCAACAGUCACUUAAGAAAUAAAGGGAACCAAGUACUAUUAAAAACUUAAAGGGAGAAGUCUCUAACAGAAGACCGGUUUAGCUCCUAGUAUAUGGAAGGAACCCUUUGCAAUUUUCCCAAGCACUCCAUUGGCUAUUGGACCUCAGAGAGUCAGUGGCUGAGUCCACUUCCCUCAAAUUAAACUUAUUUCAUUUAAGUCUCCACAGGACUCCCCCAAAAAGAAGAUUGUCACUCCUGUUCCUGUAAGCCGAUUGAAAACCUGAAGCUGUCUUCAAACAGAACUGCUGGAGCUGCUCAUUAUUGCUUCACGAGGUCUUAUCUGUGCCUUCCAGCUAAUUGGAUAGCAACCUAUACUUUCGUCUACUUGGCUCCAAAGAUCAAAAUAGCCCCCAGUAAUCAGUCCCUAACCAUUCCCUUUGAAAAACUGCUGAAAAGGGGGGCUAUGCUUAUUUUUAGAAGAAGACUGUUGUUUCUAUGUUAAUCAGCCUGACAUAGUCCCAAGAGUUCAAAGAUAGAGCCUCCAGGAUCCGCCAACAAUUUAGUGAAUCUUGGGGAUCCUGGUCCAAGAUCUGGAGCUGGCAUCCUGGCUUCUCUUCCCCUUGCCAGACCAUUGCUAAUGAUCAUUUUAACCCUUGUUUUUGGGCUUUGUAUCCUAAACCUUUUAACAAAAUUUAUUUCUUCCUCAACUUCCAAAUGACACUUCAACAGGGCUCUGGGCCAGUUUCAGUGGUUGGAGCUAAUUCAGUACUCCAGCUCUCACAUGGAGACCAAAUGGGCCGUAAUUCCCCAACGGUCUCAAAGAUAUGAGACCCUGUUACUGAUUGGGGGGAAAUGAUAUGGGAAACCUCCCUCGCUACAAAAGUUUUAAGCCUCCUUCACUAAAGAAAUUUUAAGUCUCCCUUUCCCUAGUUUCUUAGCUCCUUAGCCCCCCUGGCUUUGAUUACUCUUCUAAUCAGUUUCUGAAUCCUAAAGAUUGCUCCUAGCCUGAAUCACCAAAAGUCUCCCACCCUUGCUUCAGAUAACUACUUAAAAGCCUGUGACUUCCCAGCAUCCCCCAAGCCAUUCCAGACCCCCCAGGCCAGUAUACUUGUUGAUUAUAAUCAUUGAAGCCUAAUGUUCUUCCCAACCCAUUCUGCGCCCAGUUCCUGGACAAUUGAAGCCACCUAAAUGACUGGUUGAAUGACCACAGGCUCCAUAGAGCUAAUGGAUUUAUUAAUUAAAAUCUACUUUUCCUCAAUUAGAGACCUUGGGGAUACAGAGGAUAUCCCGGCAAGAUUGCCAGUCCAACGUGGUCUUCCAGGCGGAUCUCGAGACCCCUUCCUCUCAUCUGAGAUUAGAUAGGGCGAGAGUUCCGUGAAUCCCCCAAUAGGUAGGGACAGCUCUACGCCCCUGCCCAGCAGGAAGCAGAUACAGAAGAAAAAACCUCCUGUCCCUCAACUUCCCAUAGAGAUUUUAUGGGGAUCAUGCCUCUCAAGGGAAAAACAAGGCAGGCAGUUAGAGAUAGACAUCGGGUCUCUGCAUUACCACCCAAAAGACUCCCCUUUCCACCCAAAACUUACCCUUUUCAUUGUAAUUAUCUAUCCCUAUGAGGAACAAAUGGGUACAAAAUACCCAACUAGAUUAGACCAAUCACACCUGCGCAGUAAAGGCCACAACGACCUUCAUUUCACCCGGGCCUUAUUAUA